AGCGUGUAGCAUCGAGCACAGUAAUGCCAUUUCUAAUGAAAGAACAGAGAAUUAAUGAUACAGAAAUUAUAUUAACAAAUAUAUUAACAAGAACUGUUAACGCUAGUGAUUUCAAGAUACAAGUUUUACGGCAAAGUUUUACCAUCGAUGAUCAAAUAUGCCUAAAAUUCGUGCGAAAAGAAGUGCCAUUUGGCUGCAUUUUUCCAUAGUAUACCAAAACGAUGGAUUAAACGCAAUCGUCAGGUGCAACAAGUGCAAUCUCAUAGUGCCUUAUUGUAAAAAUACGACGAAUCUGUGGUCGCACGUCCGCACACACCACAAAGACGUUCUCGAGAUAAACUCGUCUAGUUGUAAGAAAGAAGCGGGACAAUCUAAUACAACUGCAUCCAGUUCAUCAGAGACCAAAUACAAAGCGGUAAUUACGUCAGAAAUCUCCGAUGUGCUGCGAAGAUCGUCUUCGAAUUUCACAGAAGCAGGCGAGAUAACUCGAUCUUUGGUACAAAUGAUAGCACAAGAUGUGCUUCCGUUUUCAAUAAUCAAUGGCAAAGGAUUCAUAAAUUUCGUGAGAACGUUGAACGAAAAAUACAAGAUACCAAAGAGAAGUAUCUUGAUCUCGAAAUACCUGCCAGACUCGUACGCGCGCAAAUGCAUGGAGAUCAAGGAAAGUUUGUCGAAAGCGACGUGUGUUAACGUUGCGAUUAGUUCGCAGGAAAAUACGAAGCGCAGUGGCCUGAUUCUCGCGACAAGCGUCCAUUUCUGUGUCGAUAGAGUCCAAUACCACAAAUUAUUGAGGAUCUCGUUUCAAUCAAUGGACGAUAAGUUUCCCAUAUUACGCGAGCUCGAUGAAAUUGGUGAACUCUGGCAAUUCUGUUCGAAAAUAAACGUCGUCACUUACAACGACACGUAUCGUACUAUGACGCACGCCACGCAUAACACUUGUUUUGGUCACACGUUGAACCGUGUAGCUCAGAUUGCGAUGAAAAACACGAAAGUUGUAUUUGACGUGAUAAAUAAGUGCCGAGACAUUGUUUGCGACUUUAAAAUUAACGAAGCUGUUGCUGGUUCGCAACGAUUUGCUACAAAUUCUUCGAAAAUUUUGAACUUAUGGGGGAAUGCGGCCGAUUGUUGGAUCUCCGCGUAUUUAAUGUUAAACCACGUGUACGAAUUAAAACCUGUUUUAUCGAAAGCUUUCGCAGAGAAGGAUGCAUUAUCUAAAUGGGAAGCAACUUUUGAGACGUCGCCAAAGAUACACGAAAGACCUAACAGAGAUGUACCAUCCGUGUCGGAAGUUGAAUGGAAUAUAAUUUCGGAGAUAAUCAAAGUUUUGGGGCCAUUGCACGAAGCGACGAAAGAAUUGUUCUCUGAUCUUCACGUGACAAUUUCGAAAAUAAUACCUAUCGUUCAUGGUAUAGAGGCUGCUUUAAAAGAUAUGGAUGAUUUGUCAGCCGAUGGCACGUUGUUCCGUGACAAUUUGUUGAGAUGUUUCUGUGCACGAUUUAAGGACGUCGAAGAGUCGGUUGGCUACGCGAUCGCCACGUUUUUGGAUCCUAGAUACAAGGAUGUUGCGUUUCAUUCCAAGAAAUGUAUCGAAAAUGUGAAGAAUAUAUUGACGAAAUCAAACGUUUCCGACGAUGAAAACACCAAUUCUGACGAAUCUACGAUUAAUAGUUCGCAAACGAACGAUGAAAAUACAGAAACAAAUAUUUUAUGGGCGGCGUUUGAUAAAAGAGUUGAGGAAUUGGGUGUUAAACCUGACAACUGUGGUAUUAAUUGUCCAUCAAGGCACGAGUUGGAGAGAUAUAUAAAUUUGAAAAUAAUUAACAGAAAAGACGAUCCUAUCGCAUGGUGGAGUACUACAGGCCACGUGAUGUUUCCAAACCUUUCAAAAAUUGCAGCCGAUUACUUGUGCGCACCUGCAUACUCUGUAUCUAACAAUCCUUUAUUUUCAAAACUGCAGAAAAUGUUAUUUGAUCGAAGAGUACGAUUGUCAGACGAACGUACUAACAUGCUCGCUGUAAUAGGUUUGAAUUAAAAUAAAUAGGAUAGCGAUACAAAUUUGCUUUUUCUUACGAUUUCUUCCUCGUAUUGCCGAUAGUAUCAUCGAAAUGUUAUUAUCAAAAGGUCGAAUGAUAAGCUCGUACUUUUUGAUAGCUUAUCGAUAUUUAAGUAACAAUUUGCGAUAUAUCUAUCACGUAUGUGCGAAAGAGUUUUUUCGUACAUAAAAUAUGAUUUCUUAUUUUAACAGAUGUACGUUAAAAUAUUCGAGAGUUUAAAAGAAUUUACCACAUAAAUUUAGGAAAUUAGAAGAGCUAAUUAGAAGAGGAAAUUAUUAAUACUCGAAAAUUUGAAUAAAUUUGAAUAAUUUGUUUUACGUAUGUUGUCAAGUAGAAUUUCCAAGUGUGUAGUCCAGGGAUGAAGUUAGCUGUCAGGACAACAGGUGAAGUAUAGGAUACAAUUUGUUGGUCGCCGAUAAAUCAGCGAAGAUGAGACGAGUCUAGCUGCCGGACUGUACGUUGCACCUGUUUUAUUUUUCACUUUUCAAACUGCCUACCUGCUCCUAUUAAUCUUCCUUUUGAGAAUGCCAUUAAACGAGAUGAUGGAUCUUGAGUAAUGAAAACGGCACUCAACGUUAUGAAUUAAUUAGCUUGUAAUUGAUGUACUUUGUUGAUCAUUCUAAAUAUAUAAAUAAAAUAAAUAAGCAUUGAUCGACUACAGAAAGAUAUCCAACCAAUCAGUAAAAGUAAACGAAAACGGUCAUGUUGCAAAGAUUCAACAGUGACGAUAUCGAUGUCAGAACAAUUUGGAGAUGCAAUUUAUUCGGCUGCGGGCGGCAAAUGAACGCAAUUCUCUCUUUGAUUCUUAAAAUUCACCCGUAUGGGACCACAAAACGGAAAAGUAUACACGAAAGAAGACGAACUGUACAGGUGGCAAUGAAAAACGGUCAGCUGCACGUUCCGAGACACCGACAACUGGCUCUCGUACAGGUAUAAAAUCGGCUGUACUCAAAGUUGCGCAGGAAUGAUCGUGCUACCCGCAUAUUCUUUGCUUGUCUUACAAUCCCUGCUGCUGCAUAUGUAUACUCGCGUCGUUAACUUUAACCACAAUUUCCCAUCAUUUCUGACACCUCAACACCUUGAUGACAAUCUUUUUUUCACCAGCUUUUUGGACUUUUUGUACAAGUCUCUGGUUUUUCCUAUGUAUCGUAACAUUCGAGAGAGAACUGAGCUUUCUUAGCCCGUGAAAAAAUUGUUUCUCUGUUACUUAC